UAGGACACACCGGAGGAGCGGAGCAGCAACAUGGCUGCAGAUUACCGGGAGACACAAACACGGGACUAUCUGUCAGACUGAACCGAGCCAAAGAUAACCCGGGACAGACCGGGACACAUCAUCCCGGUGUGGUCUCCAGCCUGGCUGCCCCGCCCCCUUCAGCGUCCCGCCCUCCCCUGCCUCCCCGGCCCCCCCUCAUGGAGAGGAUGAGGAAGAUCAAACGACAGCUGUCGCUCACUCUGGGAAGGGGAGGGGCUGGGGGCGGGGACAGGAUGCUGAGCGACACAAACAACCAGGAAGUGACAUCACACAGUGACUCAGAGGUGGUGUCUCGUCGUGGCUCUUCCUCCUCUUCAGGUUUAAAGGUUCGAGGUUCUUCUUCUUCUUCAGUUUCGUCUCUUCUUCAGUCGUAUGGACGGAAACCACGAAAUCUUGGACGCAGCCUGAGCUCUUACCUGAACCACACCACCCGCCUGGAGAUCGUCCAUGAAGACGUGAAGAUGAGUUCAGAUGGUGAGAGUGAUCCCGCAUCUUCUUCAGAUGACGUUCAGAGUCCCGUCAGAGUCCGACUGAGGAAUAAAAAGAUUUCCACUGAGGACAUAAACAAACGUCUGUCGUUGCCGGCUGAUAUUCGUCUGCCUGACGGUUACCUGGAGAAGUUUAAUGUGAUGGGUCCUUCUCUGUUUGAUCAGCCAAUCAGCAGGCGUCUGCGCAGAGUGUCUCUGUCAGAGAUUGGUUUUGGUAAACUGGAGACAUACAUCAAACUGGACAAACUGGGAGAGGGCACAUACGCUACGGUGUACAAAGGUCGCAGUAAACUGACAGAGAACCUUGUCGCUCUGAAAGAAAUUCGACUUGAGCAUGAAGAAGGAGCUCCGUGUACUGCCAUCAGAGAAGUUUCUCUGUUGAAGGAUUUGAAACACGCCAACAUCGUCACGCUUCAUGACAUUAUCCACACGCAGAAAUCCCUCACGCUGGUGUUUGAGUAUCUGGACAAAGAUCUUAAACAGUAUCUGGACGACUGUGGAAAUGUCAUCAAUGUACACAACGUCAAACUCUUCCUUUUCCAGUUGCUGCGUGGUCUGUCAUACUGUCACCGCAGGAAAGUUCUCCACAGAGACCUGAAACCCCAAAACCUGUUGAUCAACGAGCGAGGAGAGCUGAAACUGGCUGACUUUGGUUUGGCUCGAGCAAAGUCGAUCCCGACAAAGACAUACUCUAACGAGGUGGUGACACUGUGGUACAGACCGCCUGACAUCCUCCUGGGAAGCACAGACUACUCCACCCACAUCGACAUGUGGGGUGUUGGCUGUAUCUUCUAUGAGAUGGCGACAGGUCGUCCUCUGUUUCCUGGUUCAACGGUGGAAGAGGAGCUUCACUUUAUCUUCAAACUACUUGGUACUCCCACAGAGCAGAGCUGGCCCGGGAUCAGUUCAAACGGAGAGUUCAUGACACACAAUUACCCUCAGUACCGCGCUGAACACCUUAGCACACACACUCCCAGGCUCAGCAGUGAAGGUGUGGAGCUGUUGUCAAAGUUCCUACAGUUUGAAGGGAAGAAGAGGAUCUCAGCAGAUGAGGCCAUGAGACAUCAUUACUUCAGCAACCUUGGAAACAAUGUGAUGUCACUUCCUGACACAACGUCCAUCUUCAGCCUGCCUGAGAUCAGACUGGAGAAAGAAUCAGUGAGACCAACAGCCACACCUGACACAGCAAAUAGUCCUUCAAGGAGGCGGAGCAUGCUCUUCUGACAUCAUCAACAAGGCGGAGUCAGCCUGUCUGACAGCAUUGUGGAGGCGGGGUCUGCUGCAGGACACAAUAAGGAGAAUGGAGGAUAUUUUAUUCUGAAGGAGAGUAACAGGAAGUACAACAGAUAGACGCAAUAAUGAAUCACUGCUCGUCCAAUCAGUCAACAGCAUGUUGUUGCUAACAGCAACUGAUUCACCACAGCACAUGAACCGACUUGAAGCUUUUUGCACAUGAGAUGUUGGAGUGAAGUCUGUCUUCCUUUUUUAAAAAGACUUGAUCAGGAUCCUGGAAAACCUGGAAGUCUUUGUUUUGAUGGAAAUACCGUACAUGGAUUCUUCGCUGUAAUGGAAUCACAAGGAUUCAUGGGAACAACUGGAAGAUGUAACAGGCUGACAUAAAAAGGUGAAGGUUCUGACAUCAUCACGUGACAGGAAGUGAUCGGAUUUUCAGAAUAAACUAAAAGUGAGGAUGAGCCGUCACAUUUUUAACUUGUAAACAUGUUUUUAACGUGUUUUUAACGUGGUCACGGCUGCUCAGUGUUAUCAGCGAUAAACUUAAGAAGCCAUUUUAUUCUGAAAGAAAGUUGCUAAUCAAAGCUCUUACUCUGAAAGGGUAACACUGGUUUCUGCUGUUCUGUGUGAGUGUGAGAGUGUGUGUUUGUACACUCAGACUGUAAACUAACACUGCUGUUAUAAACUGUUACUGUAAAUCUGACGAGUCGAAGCAGAACGAUUUAAUUUGAAAGGUUCACAGGUUGUUUCGUCUCCGCUUAGCAAACAAAACUUCCUGUUCAGUUUCAGAAAAAUCAUGAGUCAGAGCCGUGAGACAAUCCCACCGUUAAGACUGGUUUAUACUUCUGCAUCGAAUCCACGCCGUUAUGAGUGCUGCAUACAUGUGCUCUGUAGUUAUGUCGCUUUGCAGUAGGUUCUAUUCAGAUGAUGACAUGCAGCAGUGGAAAACUCCAGAUGGGGGGCAGGAAGUGGUUUCAGCAUAGAGAAAUGCUACCAAAAGGACAUGUUUGGUGCUGUUUAGGACAAUGCCAAGAAUUUGUAGUGCGAACAAAAACAUUCUUAAGCUACUUUUGUGCCCUGAAAGUAGUGAAAUACUCAGAAGUUUUUAAAACUCAGAGGGAAAUGGCUGCAGACACAAAUUAAAAAGUCUCCAUCUAAAGCCUGGACAAGUAGUAUCCCUGUAUGGCCCAUUUCCUUAAAUCGAUCCCGUGUGGUUUAGUCCAGUUUUGUCAUGGUUUAGCUCAUUGAUCUGUCAUCUUGCCCUUGUUUCCUCGGCAAAUGUCCGUCCACCCUCUCUUCUUGGCAGGAAAUCUCUCUUUUUAGAGAGCCAGAUCAUUUGGUUAGCACAGUAGCGCUGGUUGCUCUUCAUUUGGCACCAGUUUGGCUUUUUAAAUGUGAAUUGAAUAACAACGAAGGAUGGAGGAAAGGAAACUGGCACAAGCGAGAGCUAGCAACUGUGACUCAAAUAAAAGAGUGGUUUCAUCGAACAGGCUCGUUUGUGAACAGCACAUGGUACUUGCUUACUUCCCCCACAAAAUUUAUUUAGUUGACAGUACAUCACCGUUUCAAUUAUUUGUUUUUUGUUUUGUUUUGUUUUGUUUUGUUUUCGAAAAGGAGGAUUAUGUUAUAUGUUGAAGGGCCUCAGCUAGCCUCUUAGCACAUACUAGACUCCUGGAUGAGAGGGCAGGGCGAUUAUGGCAAAAAUCAAAAUAACGAUUAAUUGGGCUUUUUACCUCGAUUACGAUUAACGAACGAUUAUUCCAUCCCCAACCUCCGACUCAACAUGCAGAUAUUAAUAAUUAAUGGUUAUUUAUUGAGACAACUGACCUCGACGCCAGGUAAAUGGGUUAAAAUGAGUAAAAAUCACUUUUUGUACAGGAUAGGAAUUGUAGUCAUUGUAUGUACAGUAGAAAUAUCUGAUAACUGGAGCAUACAUGUCCAUUUAGAGCUUUAAAGUGCCAACUUUCCUCUGUUCCCACUCAUUCCUUAUGGCUGUACCUCACUUCCUGCCCUCUAUCAGGGAUUCCCACGUCACCAGGACUAGUGAUUGUAAACCACCUAAACACCACUCAAACACCAGUGGGUCAAGGGUCAUUGAUGCUGGUUAUGUUGCCAGUUUCUUGCCUGGCAUUGCUAGUGGUGUACAGAAAAUCAUGGCAACUAAAACUGAGCGUAUUGUGAGAGAUAUGAAUGCACAUAAGAUAUUUUCAUAUGUCAGCAAGUGGAUCUGACUGGCUUUACUGUUGUUUUUAGCCAUGUAUGUCACUCUAGAGUACACGCAACAUGCUAUCUGAUGCUACCCAGCAGGCCAGUCACACGGUUUGUUUUGACAUAUCGUUACUGUUUUGUGGAGGUGGGCUUCUGUCGGGGUUCAGGGCUAUGCAAACCUAUGGCGUAUAUUUGACGAAGUAUAAACCAGGCUCCAGCCGAAUGUAAGCCGACUGUUACCUUACUGUUAGCUGAAUGUUAGCCACACGUUAGCCAACGUUCAAGCUAAUGUACUGUAGUAGAUUGUGACCUGGCUAUUUGGGUGUAAACUCUUCUCCUUCUCAGAGAACAGGUGCUUUUGUGAGAGCGCUGGGCAGAGUAGGGGUCCACCAAUGUUGAUUUUGUGGGGCAGAUACCAAUGCAGCGUAUUAGCAGAUCAUUACACAGAUGACAGAGGAUGCUCACCUGUCAUGCAAACAAACAAAGUUACUAACUCGCAUUUACUGUAAAUCAUUGGUUCCCAGCCUGGGGUCCAGGCCUCCCUGGGGGGGCUUUCAGGAGGGGUGUAAGCCUUUGUCUGCUCUGAGGUUAAAUUAGAAUUGCACAUAUGAACUAAAAUCAAUGUAAUACACUUACUAGUGGGUUUGACAAGUAUGUGUAGGCAUGUUUUAUUGGAUUUUAUCUCCAAGAAGGUUAAAGGUAAUGAAUAUUUUUUACAGAAAUGCAUCUUUUGUGUGUGUGUGUGUGUGGGUUUUGGAGGGGCUCAAGUAGAGGAUAACCUGACACGCCAGAUACACCAGACUUUCAUAUAUCUUUGCGUGCUUCUGGGAAACCUCCCAUAUGAAGUGUUUUGGAGGGGCAGGACUUAAAAUAAAAUCCUCGGAUGGGGAUUUGACUAAUGUUUUAUCAGUCACAUUCAUGACAGGCCAAUCAGAGCAACAGGACAAACUCAGGUAGACGUGCACAGCUCCAGCACUAACCAGAGCUGUACAGGCUAGCUUAUGAAAAGUGGAGUUUUUCAGUGAUUAAAAUUCAUUCAAAAACAUCCUCUCUGCCAAGAGAGGUAUCAACUCAACCAGUUGAUAAAUCCAAUCAGUUAAACAAAAGUGGCUGUAGGUUGCUGCUAAAAAGAAGAGAAGAAGAGUGGUGGACAUGGCCAAUCUGCAAUGAGCCAUUGGACCAGCCACUGCCCAAAUAAGGCUACCUAAAUCAAAACAAACUACCUACUCAGAACUGAAAAGAAACAACAAGAAAACAGAGCUACCAGGAAAAUUCGGCCAAAACUAAAACAACAAAACCCAGCAGUCUAAGCAUGCAUGGGGACAAGAAAGAUGUUUGGAAAUCAUAAUAAAGGAUUAAACUAAACAAGAAGGAGAGGAAAAAUAAACAAACCUCCUCAAAUGUGUUGUCCAGUUGAGUGUGCUAGCCACAUGCUCCUCUCCCUACCCCUCUAAAUACUCCCCUCCUCCACUCUUAGUGCUGAUCACACUCAGGUGUGCUGCAGCUGCAGGUAGAGGGAGGAGGGAGACUGGAGAGCUACAGGGAGAGAGGACAUUCAGUUAGCCAGGCCACAUGUAACAAGUAGCUACAGCAGUAGCAGACAUUGUAAACACCGGCUUAUAGUAGAACUUAACCACAUCUGUAGUCAUGCCAAAGCAGGUCAGCAGAAGAGAAGAAACAUCUUUUGUGUCAUGACCAAGCAUUCAGUGCUGUUCUUUGCUCUUUAUUUCUUGGAUAAAUGUGGUCCAGUUCUGACAAAACUGACAUUAUACUAUUGCUACAUCCAAGCUAAUUGCUACACCAGUGGCAGCCAUUCCUGUUAGCUUCCAAUACAACUAAACCCUGCUGAUAGCUACCGCCUCGUUCUCCUCAAAUGACGCUGAUUGAUCCAAACUGUUUUCACAAAUGUAGAUUAGGGCUUUGCAAGAUGGAUCUGCCUGAUGACAGACAUGGAUCUGGCAAAUCCAUCUGCUUUGCAAGGUUAAAUAGAGGAAGCUCUAUGGACACAGGUUGGGAACCAGUGCUAUAAAUGAGUAAAACAACAGCAAUAAAGUUGAAUUUUUAACUAUGAAUACUAUAUACCAAACGGCAGGAGGAUAGAAAGUCCAAGGCAUGCUGAUUGAUCUUUACCUGUCAUGUAAAGAUCAGCGAUUAGUAAAACAAAGCAACAAUAUAUGCAGACGUAUCUCAAUAAAUUAAAAUAUCAUGAAGAAGUUUGUUUUUGCUUCGAUUUAAUUCGACAAGUGAAACUUCCAUAUGUAUUAGAUUAAUCUCAUGCAAAGUGGAAUACCUCAAGACUUUUUUGUUAUAAUCUGGAUGAUUACAGCUAACAACUAGUGAAAAUCAAAAAUCUACCAUCUCAAAAUAUUAGAAUAUUGUGGAAAAGUCCAAUUUCUUGUCCCCUAUUUCCUUCACGCUGGUUCAGUACACACAACCACAAUCAUGGGGAAGACUGCUGACUUGGCAUUUCUCCAGAAGACAUUCGUUAUCACCCUUCAUGAGGAGGGUAAGCCACAGAAGGUCACUGCUGAAAGUGCAGGCUGUUUUCAGAGGCUGUAUCAGAGCAGAUUCAUGGAAAGCUGACCAGAGGAGAAAAGUGUGAUAAAAGGAGCACAAGCAGCAGGGAAGAGCUCAGCCUUCAGAGGACUGUCAAACAGAGCAGAUUCAAAAACUCAGCAGAGCUUCAUGAGGAGUAGACUGAGGCUGGAGUCUGAGGAUCAAGAGCCACCACACAGACGGGUCCAGGAAAUGGACUACAAGUGUCAUAGACCGCUAACAAACUCAGUUGCUCAGUGGUCCAAAGUCCUGUAUUUAGAUGAAAGUAAUUUUGCAUUUCAUUUUGAAAUCAAGGUCCCAGAGUCUAGACUCUAGAGGAAGGUCAGAAGCUCAGAAUCCAAGUCGCUUGAAGUCCAGUGUUUCCAGUCUCCACAGUCAGUGAUGGUUUGGGGUGCUAUGUCAUCUGCUGCUGUAGGUCCACUGGUCUUUAUCAAGUCUAGAUCAAUGCUGUCAGCCACUGUAUGGAGUUUCUGACUUGCUUUUCCAGCAGGACUUGGCACAUACCCACAGUAAAGCCAAAACAACCAGAAACUGGUUUAGUGACUGUGGUCUUACUGUGCUUGACUGGCCAGCCAACUGGUCUGACUUGAA